AAACAAAACUUCAGUAUUCCAGUUAAAAGAAAGAAAAACAACAAAUUUUUUGCUCAAGGGAUUGCAACCCCUCUGCCAUCUUCAAGUGUUGCAAUCUGGUUUAGGUGCUUUUAACACGACACAUUCGAGCAAAAGUUCGAGCUAUCAUUGACAAAUUCCACAAUUUAGGUCAAUAAUCUCAAGAAAUCCCAUCAAAUGGGUGCAUCAGAAUCGACGCUUUCAUCUUCAUUUAGACAGGAAGAUCAGAUAACUACAGUAUCUGAACGAAUUGAAGAUGUUGAUCCCAUUUUAGAGAGUUUGAAGUCCCUUAAAAUUGCUACGCCUAUUUUGACAGGUCCACCAGCAGAGAGCAGUUUGACUGAUCUUUUAUGGAAUGUUCAUAUUGUGGUCAUUCGCGGGGAUGUUAAGAAAUUGACAUAUAUAGGAAGGCCCUUCUAUUGGCUGCAAGGUGCUUUAGACCCAAAGGUGAUCCUGGACCUUUUCUCCAUGUAUCGUGAUUGGCAAGAGGACAAGGUUCACAAGAUCACGCAUAGACAGGAAGAAAUUGAAAACAAAAUAGAAGUUGUAGAUGCAUUGUCAGUUAAACUUCUACAACGGUAUAACGGCUCUGUAUCUGCCAUGAAGACGGCAUCACUACAUCUAUCAGAAGUUCAUUCGUUGCAAGUGGAGCUUGGGGAGCUUAAAGGGCGGUUAACUGAGGUUAUUAGUAACUGUGAUACAUUAUGUAGGAGAAUUGCUUCUGACGGUCCCGAGUCACUUCGUGCGUCCAUUAAGCCCUUCUCAGCAUCCACUACUGAUGUAAAUGUCACUUCCAACUUGUGUCCAGGUGCUGCAGAUACAAGCCAGCUGAUCAAAGCUGGAGAUCAUUGACUAAGCUUACUUUCUUCUAACUAUAUCAUCUAAUGCUCCCUUGACACAACCAACAUCCUGGAUCAAAUUUUCUUUAUAAUGUUACUUUUUUGGGUUGAGGUAAAUUUUUCUGUGUUCGAGAUAGAUAACCGCAAACUAAUUGGUGGUGGUUUUUUAUUUUAUAACAGUGAACUGAGUCAGUGGUUUUAACUCUUAACAUAAACACAAAUACCCACCCAGUCCCUUGUGGCAUCACCGUGAAGUCAGAGUACCAUCAGAGCCACCUUCAUUGACACAACCUUGAUCCUUGCCCCAUCUCGUCUCCUCUUGUGAUUUUCAGCUACAAGCGCACGUUGAUCACAGCUGUAGCUAGAUCGGUCUUGGUCGUCAUUGAUCUUGCGUCACUGUCCAACCGCCAUGGGAUUGCUGCUCCUUCCCCCUUUUCCCCUUUGUGUUUUUUGGGCAAUUCACUUUGUGGUUGUUCCCUUGUUCUAAACUUGUAAUCUCUUUGAUAUCUAAUUUUAGUUUGAUAUAUUUAGUCUAGAUUACUUUUCAAUGUAAUUAGUGCUGAAUAAUUAUUGCAUUUAAAUAAUUUGGUUAGGUAUGGCCGUAGGUUAGGGCUCAUUUGGCUGAACAGUUUGUUCAUCUUGAUAAUCUCUCUCUUCAUAUCGAAAUUCGAAUGUAUUUUAUUUAAUUCUGA